CUGGCUAAGUCGAGAUAAGUCUAUUCAAUAAAACUCCAAACCUCAUUUUUAGUUAAUCGGGUAGUUAUUUAUUAAUCUGAGGUAAAACAUGUUUCUAUAGUUUCACUAUUAGCAAAUAAGAGCGCAAAUAAAUAAGCAAUAAAUAUGUAAAUAUUCUUCAGCACACCACUCCAGGCCAGAAGGUGCCGUACUUUCAAUUGACUCUUCAGACAAUGUUCGCGAAUUCUUCUUCUAAUAACCACUGGGAAACAUGGCGGAAGCGGAGAAGGAUGGUGAUCCUGCGAAUGACAAAGAUGAUUUAGACAUUUUAAAGGAACAGGUGGAUGAGUUGUAUCGCUUUCGGGAUAAUUAUUUUGAGACUCACGGUGUGGAGGAUGCUGGAAGAAAGCAGAGGGAUGUAGCACAGGAGAUGGAGAAGACGCUAAAGAAGCUGGAGGAGAAAGAAGAGCUGUACAAGCACAAUGCUGAGUUCCUGCUUCUGAGGGGCCGCUGCCUGGGGGUGGCUCCGGAGUUCAGCAGCACCGCCGAGGAGUGCCUGUCCCGGGCUGUGAAGCUGAAGCCCGGGCUGGUGGAGGGCUGGAACACCCUGGGGGAACAGUACUGGAAGAAAGGAGACCUGGUCACCGCCAAGACCUGUUUCACAGGAGCCCUGCAGCAGAGUAAGAACAAGGUGUCCCUGAGAAGUCUUUCCAUGGUACUGAGACAGCUUCCUGGAGGGGUCAGUGACGAGCAGGGGAAAAGGGUCCUGGAGAGUGUGGACAUGGCCAGGCAGGCUGUACAGCUGGACGUCACCGACGGAACCUCCUGGUACAUCCUAGGGAAUGCCUACAUCUCCCUGUUCUUCACAUGCGGCCAGAAUCCACAGAUGUCUCAGCAGGCUCUGAGUGCCUACGCUCAGGCUGAGAAAGUGGACCGAACAGCAACAUCCAACCCCGAUCUGCACUUUAACAGAGCCACGUUGUUCCAGUAUGAGGAGAUGUUCGGCUCGGCCCUGGCCGGGUACAGCCGGGCUGCAGCCCUGGAUCCCACCUGGGAUGGGCCUCCGGAGAGGGAGAGGCAGCUGCUGGAGUACCUGGAAAAACUGACGGCGCUCACAGAAAACAAGGGCAAGGUGAAAGCGCGGCGCCUGAGGUCCAUGCUGUCCAGCCUCAGUACGACGGCCCUGGGGCCGUGCUCCUGCCCACAGUUUCGCUCCCCCUCCGGCCGUGUUGGGAGCCUGGAGCCGCGCACGCUGUCCGCCCUGACCCACGGCCACAACGGCGGGGUGGCCGCCCUGGGCAAGGUGGUGUUCAGCCUGGCCUCAGAGGGACGCAUGGCCUUUACGUUUGGCAUGGUGGACAGCGAGGAGACGUGCUGCGUGGUCAUGGUCUACAACACGGCCGACAGUUGGGGGGUCCUCAUCGGGGACUCCGUGGUCGUCCCGGAGCCCCGGGUCAAACGUCACAGUGUGGAGCACAACCAGCAGACGUUUAACUUCCGCAGCAUACGAGUGGACACCCCUCUACUCCUCAUCGUCAACGGCAGGAGGCAGAACGUCCAGGCCCAGACGGCAGCCUCCGUCAGCUACAAGCCGCAGAGUGAAUGAGGACGCGAGGCAAAACAGGGGGAGCCAAGAAGGAGCAUGGACAUUCUGUGUGCCUGUUUUAGUUUUUGUGUGAGUUUUGUAAAUACUAGAUCUUUGUUAUGUUAAAUAGUAUUUAGGAAUACACUGUUUGUACAUAUUUAUAAAACUUUUUUUUUUUUUGUAUUUUGUUUAUGUGAGGGGGGGCUGGGGAACUUCUUAAAUGACUGCCUACAAUGUAAUAAUGAAUUGCAAUGACAAUGGUGUCAGACUUAUGGGCUCAAGACAUUAAAACCGACAUUCCCAUUCCCCCAAA